UCCCCUCCACUUUCCUCCCAUCUCACUCUUCUUCCCUUCACUCUCUCUCUAGAAACCUUCUUCUUCCUCCUCUGGUUCUCUCUGAUCAUCAUCUCAAUUCUCCAUUACAAUCAUCAAAAAUGGAUUUAGACUCCAUUCAAAAACUCUUCUGCCUAAUAUUUUUCUCAUUCACAGUUCUCUUCUUCUGUUUCUCAAUCCUAUUAUUAUUCCUGAGACAAAACUAUUGGUGUAACUGUGAAAUAUGUGAUGCUUAUUUAUGCUCAAGCUGGUCUAAAGAUUUCACAAACAUCUGUGAUUGGUAUACUUAUUUACUAAGUAAAUCACCAUCACAAACAAUUCAUAUCCAUGUUCUUCGUAACACCAUCACUGCAAAUCCAGAAAAUGUUGAGUACAUGUUAAAAACAAGGUUUGAUAAUUACCCUAAAGGUAAAACUUUCUCUACCAUCUUACAUGAUUUAUUAGGCCGUGGUAUAUUUAAUGUAGAUGGUGAUACUUGGAAGUUUCAACGUAAAAUGGCUAGUCUUGAACUUGGUUCGGUUUCUAUUCGGUCUUAUGCUUUCGAUAUUGUAACCAGAGAGAUUCAUGAUCGUCUGAUUCCAUUAUUACACAAGAACAGCAACACUGUGUUGGAUUUGCAAGAUGUACUGAGAAGAUUUGCUUUUGAUAAUAUCUGUCAGUUUUCAUUCGGGUUAGAUCCGGGUUGUCUUGAAUUAGACAUGCCCAUGUCUGAAUUUGCUGUUGCUUUUGAUUUAUCAUCCAAAUUAUCAGCGGAGAGAGCUAUAUGUGUAUCACCAUUGAUAUGGAAAGUCAAGAGGUUGCUGAAUAUUGGGUCUGAGAAGGAAUUGAGAGGAGCCAUUAAAAUGGUUAAUCUUCUAGCUGAUGAAGUUAUUAAGCAGAGGAGAAAAUUGGGUUUUUCAUCAAACCAAGACUUGCUAUCAAGAUUCAUGGGUACGGUCAACGACGACAGGUAUUUGAGAGAUAUUGUUAUAAGUUUUGUCUUAGCCGGAAGGGAUACGGUCGCCGCCGCGUUGACUGGUUUCUUUUGGUUGUUAUCAAAUCAUAAGGAAAUUGAGUCGAGCAUACUGGAAGAGUCGAAUCGGGUUAUGGGUACGGAUCCAGAAUUGCACCCGACUUUUGAACAAAUGAGAGAAAUGCCUUACUUGCAAGCUUGUUUAUAUGAGAGUAUGAGACUUUAUCCACCAGUACAGUUCGAUUCCAAGUUUGCUCAUGGAGAUGAUGUGUUCCCUGAUGGUACGUUUAUCCGAAAAGGUACGCGGGUAACAUAUCACCCGUAUGCGAUGGGUCGGAUGGAACAAGUUUGGGGUUCCGAUUGUCUCGAAUACAAACCGGAAAGAUGGCUUCAAAACGGGUUGUUCUCACCGGAAAGUCUGUUUAAGUACCCGGUUUUUCAAGGUGGAGUAAGGGUUUGUUUAGGUAAAGAAAUGGCAUUAGUUGAAAUGAAAAAUGUCGCCCUUUCUUUGAUCAGAAGGUUUAAAAUUAAAGGGACCGAUGAGUCCUUCAAGAAACCGAAAUUUGCACCCGGGUUAGUGGCGACCGUUAGAGGAGGUUUUCCAGUUAUGGUUAGCAAAAGAUGACCCGUUUAAAUAUAUGGGUCGGGUUUUGUGUGGGAUCGGACACACCAGUGAGCAUGUUAGCAAGUUUUCUAACAUGAGCCCUUGAAAAAAGGGCUGACGUGACAGAUUUUUUUAUUGAUCCCAAAAUGGGUUACUACCUCACGUGGUGUUUGUCUUGGGGACAUGAUUGUCCACUUAAUCUCAAUUAUAUAUAAAUAAAAUACUUUUUAUUUAUCUUUUUUUAUUUUUUUAUUUUCUUUAAAAAAAAUAAUAAUUAUUAUUAAUAUUGAUCGUAUCAUAUAACAAACAGUUACAAGUUGGUGAAAGGAAGUCUGGCUACAAGCUGAGCGCCAACCCAGUAUUAUGGGGGUGUUGUGGGAAACGAACUCACGAACUCUCCAAGUAUUUUAGUUUCUUUUUUUUAUAUUUAAUUAUAUAUGUAUUAUUUUAAUUAGAAAAUCAUAUAUGUGACGGUUUUUAUGUA